UCACAUUGGGGCAGUGUAAUACUUGCAUUUGGUGCAUCAAAAGCUUGUUAGAGAGGAUUGGAAAGAGGUUGCAUUUCAUUUCAACCUUCUUAUAAGAGCAACCUUCAACUUUUGAAAACAAUGUCUACUUCCAGUCCUCCUCAUAGAGCAAUCCCGGGUAGAAAAGAUCCAGCUUGGAAAUAUACAGAACCUUUUCCUAGGCAAAAAAAAGGAGAGGCAAAAUGUAAAUUUUGCAAAACAAUCUUUCAUGGAGGCAUAAAUAGAUUGAAAUACCACCUUGCCGGCAUACGUGGCCAUGAUGCAGAGCCUUGCACAAAAGCACUUCCUGAGGCUAUUCGUGAGUGCCAAGUGCUAUUAGAAACAUUUGAGACUCGAAAAGAAAUAAAGAAGAGGCAAAGGGAGGAGUUGGCUCAAGCGAGCAUUGGUUGUGUUGGAGAGGCCUCUUCCAUGCCUUCAUAUUGUCCUAGUGGGAGUGCUAGUGCUUCUGUUGCCGGUAGUGUCAGUGCUAGUGGUAGUAUCAAUGCAACUCCAACCAUUGGUCCUAGAGUUCGUAAAUCUAGGAUGGAUUCAUAUUUUGAGCCAUGCACUACUUCUGGUGCCCAACCUUCACUUGAGAGCAUGGCUUGGAACAAAGAGGUACACAAUAAGGCUAAAGCUGCAAUUGGAAGAUUUUGGUUUUAUUGCAAUAUUCCAUUCUUCGCAGCCAGGUCUCCUUAUUGGCAAAGCAUGGUUGAUGCCAUUGCUAUUUGUGGGGCGGGUUUCAAAGCCCCUUCUGAUUCCGAGAUAAGUGGCCCAAUCUUGAUAGAAUCGGUGGCUGAUGUAAAAGCCACAUUAGAGGAACAUCGAGAGAUAUGGAAGAAGAAGGGUUGCACCAUCAUGACCGAUGGUUGGAUUGAUAGGAGAAAUCAGACGCUCCUAAAUUUUCUUGUUUUUUCUGCAGGUGAUUGAAUAACUUGAAUUUUAUUAAAUGAUUCUUAUUCGUAUUUUUUUUUUGAGUUGAGAUUUAUUGAAUGAUCAUUGAUCACUGUUUUUGCUUUGUUUUCAAAUUUCAGGUGGCACCAUGUUCAUUAAGUCCAUUGAUGCUUCUGCACAUUCUAAAAAUGCCACUUACCUAUGUGAGGUUAUAGAGGAGGUCAUAUAUGAAGUGGGCGAGGAGAAUGUAGUACAAGUGGUGACCGAUAAUGCAGCAAAUUAUGUUGCUGCAGGUAAACUUUUGAUGGAGAGGCACCCAUCUAUAUUUUGGUCUCCCUGUGCUGCCCAUUGCAUUGACCUCAUGUUGGAGGACAUUGCUAAGAUUGCAUGGAUCAGGACAUAUGUAGAGAAGGCAAAACAUAUUUGCAAAUUUGUAUACAAUCAUGCAUGGGUCCUUAACUUAAUGAGGCAAUACACGGGGCAGAAGGAGUUAGCUCGUCCUGGAAUCACUAGAUUUGCCACUAACUUCAUCACACUGCAAUCCUUGAUUCGCAGUAAGGCAGCUUUGAGACGUAUGCUUGUUGGUGAGGAGUGGACUUCCUCAUCCUAUGCUACAAGUGUUGCAGGAGUUGAUGUUGCAAAAUACAUUUUUGAUGAGCCAGGCUUUUGGACCCCUUGUGCUGAGAUCGUGAAGGUAAAAUUUUUAAGCAUUCUAAUCUCUACCUUAUGUUUUAAGUUUUCAGUUUUUAUUUUUAUUCGUAUUUUUCUUUUAUUUGCUUAUUUUCAUUUACAAUUUCACACUUACAUUAACUGAUAUUACAUAUUGUUUCACAAUAUUUGCAGUUCAUUGAGCCCUUGGUAGUUCUCCUACGUGUUGCUGACGAGGAGAAGCCCAAAAUGGGCUACAUAUACGAGGGCAUGGAUAGGGCCAAGGAGGGCAUCAGAUAUGCCUAUGAAGGGGAUGAGAGUAAGUAUCGUCCCAUUUGGGAUAUCAUUGACAGGAGAUGGCAGACCCAGCUUCACAGGCCCCUUCAUGCAGCUGCUUAUUACCUCAAUCCGGCAUUCCAUUUCCGCCCUGAUUUCAAGGCGGAUGAGGAGGUUCUUAGUGGGCUCUACUCAGUGAUAGAGCGAAUGUCGCCUGGUCAUAGCAGCAAUAUAGUCCAGGAGCUAGAGGCUUUUUCUAAUGCUGAAGGGGAGGUCUUCUCUCGUAUGCUUUGCAAAGAAAAUCGGACAAAAAUGCAGCCAAAUAGGUGGUGGCAGAUGUUUGGUCCUAAAACACCAAAUCUUCAACAGGUAGCCAUUCGUAUUUUGAGCCAACCAUGCA